GAAAGCACACAUGGAUUGCAUUGAAAGCAAUGACACUUUGAUUGCAAUUGGAUUUGAUUGAAAUGACUGAAUAUAAUCGCAAUGAACGCUAACUAAUAUAUGUUAUAUUUGAUUGUGAUCGACAAGUGAGCUUGCUUAUAACCUAUAACAUACUGCCAGCAACUAUACCAAUGAUAUUGAUAUGAAAUAAUAUUGAGACAGCAAUGAAAACACAAUGUUUACAAAGUUUAUGUGAAAUUAGUUUGAAUAGCAAUUAGUAAAUAAUGACUGACUUGUGAUAAAUAGUGAAUAAUAUGAAGUUUGGCUCAAUAUUUGCAUUAAUUGUCUGAAAGUUUAAAACAAAUGAAAUCAUUACUAAAUAGACUUUCACUCAAAUCCUUUAACCAUUUGAUAGUUUACUUGAUUUUGCUUCAAAUGUUGGCCACAAUGACAGAGAACGUAUUGACUUCUUUGACGGCCAGAGAGGACAUCCACUUCGAGAUCGUUGAGCCCGAAAGCCUUCGCUACACAUAUAGAGCUCGUAUGGCACAGGACUUCGGCACUGAUUUCGACAAGAGGUAUUCAAACAUAAAUCUUGUGAUCGUUGAGCCAAACGACUCGUGCACUUCAGUAGUCAAUAGAUUUGAGUUAUUCCGCAACAUUGGACUCAUCGAAAGGGGCGGCUGUUCAUUUCUGGACAAAUGCAUUGUCGCCGAAAAGAGCGAAAUGAUUGGAGUAAUCAUAUACGACAACAACGACCACAACGAUGACCUCUACAUCGAGAUGGUGGCCGACACCUCUUCGCGCAACUGUUCCAUUCCGGCCGCCUUUCUCUUGGGAAAAGACGGGCAUAUGAUUAGACGGGCAUUGGAUGCGUUGCGUCUGAAUCGAGCCGUCGUUAAUAUUCCCAUUAAUAUUAGUCACUUGCCAUCGAAGAUACGACAGCCUCCUUGGGUUGUCUGGUAAUCAUCACUCAUCACAUCCAACAUAUUUAUCGAAUUAUUUUAUUUAUAUUCUAAUCUAC